UACUAAUGUAUUCAUUCAAAGUAUAUUUUUUGCUAAAAUAUACAUAUUUUCUACCAGUGUAUCAGGAACUUGCAUGAAGAAGUUCAAAUAACCCAUUUGCUCCAAUUACUAUUGCGCGCAUAGUCUGAAUAAUUAAUUCUGCAAGGAAUUUUAUUUGAAUUUGAAUUGCUAAUGCGCGUUUAUAUACGAAAGAGGGCAAUACUUAGUAAUUCCAAUCAAUUCCCAGAAUUUGAUUAUUUACAUCUCGAGGAAUAUAAAUACCCGAAGACCGCAAGUAAUGAGCAUCAGAAUUGAUUCAUCUGCAGCAUUGCUUGCACAUCUCCGAAAAAGAGCUUAGCUCCCAACGAAAACCCAAAUCGAUAAAAAAAACACUAUAACUAUGUCAUUUAAUUCGUCGGUAAAGAUCCUUUUUGCUCUAAAUUGGUUUUGUUUAUUAAUGAUCAUUGGCUUUAAUACGCCAUCUUGUGAGGGUGUUCAAAAGUUAUGUGGAAAAAAGUUACCAGAUACAUUGGAUUUGAUAUGUGAAAAUGGUUUUGGAACAAAAACAAAAAAAUCAAUUGAUCCUGUAGACUAUUACAAUGACAUUGAAGAAGGCAUUCAAUUGCCAUUUGAUCAAUUUCCAUUCAUUUCAAAAUUUGAAGCUAACGCUUUGGCCAAGAGUCGACGCAGGAGAUUUGGUAUUGCUGAUGAAUGCUGCAAGAAAGCAUGUACAAUGGCUGAACUGAGGAGUUAUUGUCUUUAAGGACCUUUGCUUUACCAUACUAUAAAAAAAAAAAUUAAAGUUCCCAUUUAAGUAAAUAAAUGAGCUUCGCUUGGCUUUGAUCUAUAUCGUUAUCAAAGCAUUUGUUUUGCAUCAAAAUAACAACUUAAACUGAUUUAAUAAAAAGAAGCUUAAAAUACAACAGAA